AUGCUGCAGCAGAGUGCAAAUCUUAGUGCGCGAAGAAGUGAUGAUUUGUUAUUGGCUUUAUGGACCAAAUUACCCAAAUUUUUGGCUACCAGCGUGGCUACGUUCUUGAUCUGUUCGAUGGGUCUUUCUUCAAACGGUGAAUGGAUAAAUAUCAUAGUGCACGCGGCUCGGCAAUUCGGUUACGUAAGUCGCGUGGGGGAUGACGGCGUCGCCGACGUCGUGGAAUCCUUGGAAUCCCGGCUCGGGUUGCGCAAUUUGGGGACCUUCCUGAUUUGGAACAUCGCCGUCUCCUAUCUCAUAUAUUUCGGUUUGGGCGGCUUUUUGCAUUGGUAUUUCUAUGUGGAGCAGAGGGCGAAGGCCGAGGAAUGGAAAUGCCAGCCGAAGAGGUGGUUGUCCCCUGAAUUGGAACGGGACGAAAUCGUCCUGGGUACUUGCACGUUGUUCGUCCACAGCUCAAUUUCGGCCGUACUUAGUUGCUAUAUCAGCAACGGCGGUUACACGACUAUUUACUACGGCCUCACGGAUUAUCCCCUCUGGUGGACACUUCUGCAGAUCCCGAUCCUCUACGUUUACCAAGAUUACACAACGUAUUUACUGCAUAGACUGUAUCACACGCCAUUCAUGUAUAAGAACUUCCACAAGCUGCACCACAAGUACAAACAGCCAACCGCUUUCUCAGUCAAUGCCAUGCACCCAUUGGAAGCAGCUCACAUCCAAAUGCACUACAUCGUACCGCUCUUUGUUGUUCCGCUGCACUGGGCGAUUUAUUACGGCUUACAGUUGUAUAUUUACUAUCACGGCAUAAUCGAUCAUUCCGGUGUCGAUUUCAAAGCACACUGGUGGCAGCCCUGGCAGCCGGAUGCGAUUUUCCACGACAAUCACCAUCAAUAUUACCACGUUAACUUCGGCUUCAAUUGCUUUAUCUGGGAUAAGCUUCACGGCACUCAUAGGCGCGAGGACAGGAUCUACAAUGAGGGGAUAUUUUACGGAGGUGGAAAACCCCUUUCCGCGGCAACCCCGGAAGAGCGGAUAAAAGAUUACGAGGAGCGUCUUAACGAGAGAGCCACGUAGACGUAAACUUGUAAAUAAUAAAAACUCUAUAGAUUUCCAAACGUAAUUUAUGG